CAAGUGAAAGUCCAAUGUUUACGACUGUCAACGAACGGAAGUUGUUGUACACCGUCGGACUUUUUUUGUGAAACACUGGCGGUAUUUUCGAUUCUUCACUGAACCUGCUGCCUGUUUGCUCCAGCCAGCCCAUUAACAGUGAGGUCGGAUAUGGAGGGUUGCUGAGCCCUGCUCUCUACCGGGGUCCGUCAGCCAGUCCAGCCGGACAGGACUCCGGUCAGGAGACGCAUAGUUAGGACGACAGGAUGAGCUCCACGGCCCCCCCGGCCAAGAGGAAAUGUUACAUGGGACGACAUCAGAUCAUCAAGAAAAACAGUGUCCCCGACCCUGAGCAGCCACUCACCCCAAGACGCUCCAGUCGCCUGCAAAACACUCACACGCUGCGUGACAACACACACACGGCCCGGAAUGUGGCUGCAGGACAGGUGUGUGUGGUAGGAGACUCCUCCUUAGACCCUGGAGAGGAGAUGCUGCAGGUUCUGGAAGCUCUGGAUCCUGGAGGGAUGAAAUUAACACAUGGGGUAGAGAUGGGGGUAUCUUUAAUCCAGAGAGGGGUAUCCCACACCUCUGCAGCUCCUGCCAAGACCUCCCACAGCCUGACACCAGGACCAGAGGUCGGGGCUAGGGUUGGACUGGGACCAGGUGUGUGUGAGCAUCCAGGGCUGGUUCAGACAGUGGACUGUAAGGACCUGGCUCAGUGCCUGCUGUUCAGUGAAGACUCAGAGGACAGAGAGCAUGCUGGGACGCUUCCACACAGACCUACAGACGCCACAUCCCCUCAGAAGAACUGCAGCUCCAGAGGUAGGAAGCGCAUGGCCAGGGGGAGGAGCUCUGAGACCACACCCACAGGAAGAGGAAAUGGUUCCUGCCAGAAUGCUGACUCCCCAUUGGACGUGUCUGAUGACUUCAUCCUGUUCAGACCCUCCCACCUGGCACGGGCGAGGGAGAGCGCGGCGCUACAGCGGUCUCUGAGGAACAACAUGUCAGCCUCUGUUCUCACGCCCCCUACUGGGCUGGAGGCCAGCACACUCAACACUACAGGUGCAGGUCUAUCAGCGGUGUUUAUGCGUCCAGACGAGCAGUGUGACAGGUUGUUGUUGUCCAGCUGGGGGCUGCCUGCUGCGGUCCUUGAACGCUACCGUCGUCAUGGUGUCUCCUCCAUGUUCCCCUGGCAGGCUCAGUGUCUCAGUCUGGGACGCGUGCUGCAAGGACACAACCUGGUCUACUCAGCCCCAACCAGUGCAGGGAAGACCCUGGUGGCAGAGCUGUUAAUGCUGAAGAGAGUCCUGGAGACCAGGAGGAAAGCUCUGUUUAUUCUGCCCUUCGUAUCCCUGGCCAAGGAGAAGAUGACCUACCUACAGAGUGUGUUCUCCGAGGCGGGGGUGUGUGUGGAGGGCUACAUGGGAGGCCGGGCUGCUCCAGGAGGUUUCAGUAGUCUGGACGUAGCAGUGUGUACUAUAGAGAAGGCCAACUCCCUCCUCAACAGACUCAUAGAGGAGGAUUCCAUGGACCUACUGGGUGUGGUGGUUGUGGAUGAGCUUCACAUGGUAGGAGACUCUGGUAGAGGAUAUCUGUUGGAACUACUGCUCACCAAGAUACGAUACAUCGCCCUCAAACACAACACCAACAACGGGUACGUCUGGGGGGGGGGGGGGGGGGGGGGGCAAGCCAGCAGUAUCCAAAUCGUGGGUAUGAGUGCCACCCUCCCAAACCUGUCCCUGCUGGCUGGGUGGCUGGAUGCGGAGCUUUACCAGACUGACUACAGACCCGUCCCGCUGAAGCAGAGGCUCAAGGUGGGGAACAGCAUCUACGACUCCAGCCUCUCUCUGGUCCGAACCUUCGAGCCCCUGAUCACGGUCAAGGGAGAUGAGGACCACAUACUGUCUCUAUGUUAUGAGACAGUGAGUGAGGGUCACUCUGUCCUCCUGUUCUGUCCUUCCAAGAGCUGGUGCGAGAAACUGUCUGACAGUAUUGCUAGAGCGUUCUACAACCUCAGACACACAGUGGCUCAGCGCUCCCAGGCUGUGGCAUUGGACCAGGGGGGAGUGGUGGAUGUGUUAGCCCAGCUCAGACGCACCCCGGCUGGGUUAGACCCAGUCCUGCAACGCACCGUGCCCUGGGGGGUGGCCUUUCACCACGCUGGUAUUGACGUUGAUGAGCGAGACGUGUUGGAGGGAGCAUUCCGAGGGGGCGUGGUCAGAGUGUUGGCGGCGACCUCAACCUUGUCAUCGGGGGUCAACCUGCCUGCCCGUAGGGUUAUCAUACGAACUCCGACCUUUAAUGGGCGUCUGCUCGACCCCCUGACCUACAGACAACUGAGGGGGAGGAGGGGGAGGAGGGGAGUCGACACUGAGGGGGAGAGUGUGUUGGUGUGUAAGGAGACGGAGCGUCAAAAGGGUGUGUGUCUUCUCCAGGGCUCUCUGCAGCCAAUCAGCAGCUGCCUGGUGAAGAGGGAGGGGGAGGGCCUAACCACCAGCAUGCUCCGAGCCAUCCUGGAGAUCAUUGUUGGGGGCGUGGCCAGCUCUCCCCAGGAUGUGAGGCUUUAUGCUUCCUGUACGCUGCUGGCUGCUGGUGCCCGCUCUGACACCACAGGAGGGGAGACGGGAGGAGGAGUGCGGGAGGGAGCGAUAGAGGCAUGCGUGGAAUGGUUGAUUGAGAAUGAGUUCAUAUCUAUCCAAAGAGAGGAUAAUGAGAGGGGGAGAGGGGGAGAGUGGGAUGAGAGGGGGGGGGCAGGAGGACAAGAGAGGUACUGCCCCACCCACCUGGGUUCUGCCACCCUCUCCUCCUCUCUCUCGCCUCCCGAGGCACUGGGCAUCUUCUCAGAUCUACAGAGAGCCAUGAAGAGCUUCGUAUUGGACAACGACCUACACACACUCUACCAGAUAACUCCUGUGUUUGCUGAGUGGACCACAAUAGACUGGUACCAGUUCUGGUGUCUGUGGGAGGGGCUUGGCUCAUCCAAUAAGAGAGUAGCAGAGCUGGUGGGUGUUCAGGAGAGCUUCUUGGCUCGGUCUGUUAGCGGGAAACUGAUCGCCAAGACAGACAGACAGAGACGACAGAUGGCCAUACACAAACGGUUCUUCACUACUCUGGUCCUUCAGGACCUUGUCAAUGAGGUUCCUCUGGGUACCGUGGCAACCAAGUACAACUGUAGCCGCGGACAGCUACAGUCACUACAGCAGUCUGCCUCUACGUAUGCAGGCAUGGUAACGGUGUUCUGCCGGCGGCUGGGAUGGCACAGCUUGGAGUUACUCCUGUCCCAGUACCAGACCAGGCUGAGCUUUGGGGUCCAGAGGGAACUGGUCGACCUGGUCAGGGUCUCACUGCUGAGCGCAACAAGGGCACGAACACUCUACGACCAGGGCCUCGCUACGGUGGCCCAGCUGGCCAGGGCAAAGGUCACUGAGGUGGAGAAGGCCCUACGCAAGGCUGUCCCCUUUAAGAGUUCUCGUCGUGCGAUGGAUGAGACCGAGGGGGAGGCAGCCGAGAGGCGGAGCUUACGGUGUGUCUGGGUCAGUGGGGGGCGUGCUCUAACAGAAUACGAGGCAGCCAUUGAAAUCGUGUCUGAGGCCAGGCUCCUCCUCCAGCAAGACCUCGCCCUAUUGGGGGUGACCUGGGACCCAGGGACACUGCCCACGGAAACACGCCCUAACAACGACCAUGACAACGACUCACCUGAGACACAGCGGGACCGGGCCAAAUCCUGGAGAGAUCAAGAGAGGAGGUUAAAUGAGAAGAAAGAGAUGGAAGAUGGAGGGAGAAACGUGGUUGAACAGAAAGAGGUAGAGGGGAGAGAGAAGAACGAGGGAGUGGAGGUGGGAGAGAGGGAAGAGAGAAGCCCCCACCUCCCGAGUGGAGGAACCUCUGACCAGUGUUUCUGGGGGGACAGUAAAGAGGGACGGACUGGGCGUGGCAGGGAGAUCUCCUGCACAGUCAAACGCCGCAGGGUGGAAGAGCAGGAUAGGUGUGGGUCUCCUGAACUCUACGAGGAGGAGGAGGAGGAGGAGGAGGAGGAGGAGGGAAGAUACAACUUCUCUCUGACUGACAGCCAGAUGGAACAGAUCCUCGACAACCAGAUGGUGUUUAUGAUGAUGGAGAUGGUGUUUAUGAUGAUGAUGGUGUUUAUGAUGAUGGAGAUGGUGUUUAUGAUGAUGGAGAUGGUGUUUAUGAUGAUGGUGUUUAUGAUGAUGGAGAUCGUGUUUAUGAUGAUGAUGGUGUUUAUGAUGAUGAUGGUGUUUAUGAUGAUGGUGUUUAUGAUUAUGAUGGAGAUGGUGUUUAUGAUGAUGGUGUUUAUGAUGGAGAUGGUGUUUAUGAUGAUGAUGGUGUUUAUGAUGAUGAUGGUGUUUAUGAAGGAGAUGAUGAUCUUGGCAGGCGAUAAUGAUGACGAUGAUGAACCCUUCCCACCCCCUAGCGCACACCGCUCCUCAGUGACCAAUGAGAAGAGUCUAAACGGCAGUAGCAGCUUCCUAUUCGACAGCCUGUACGACAGCUCUUUAUUGGCUGGGCUUAGCCACGACUCUCACCAAUCAGAGGAAGAGAAGGAGGGGCCUGUUGUCAUGGAGACCAGUCUCCUGUCCAACCAGCAGCGGCAACGCAGCGGGCUCAUAGCCAAUCAGGAGGCAGAGGAACAGGAGGCCGUCCAAUGGGGCGAGUCGUCCUUCAACCUAUCAGAGUGGGGCGACUCUCUGCUGGUUGGAGAGCACUUCCUGGAGAGGAGGAGCCUGCUGAGACACACGGAGGGACUGCAACACGAACAAGACUGCGGUCAGACCGACAGACCCCAACCUGACCAUGGGGAAACAGAACAACAAGGACCUCAACCCAACCACAGCAAUGAACCAGACAGACAGACUGACACAGAACACUGGUGGAGAAGAGGUGGAACCUUCCUGGUCAGAGAGACGGGGAGAGAAGAGGAGAGAGGGGAUGAGACAUGUAAUGGGAGAGGAAAGGGAGAAAAAGGAGGAGAUGGAGGGGUUGAGAAGGAGAGAGAUGUGAGAGGUGUUGCAGUGUGUGAGAGCAGGCUGUUUAAAAGACCUGCAUCACGGAGAGAUGGAGGGAGAGAGCGAGAGGAGGAGAGAGAGAAGAGGAGAGAGUCUGAACCCUCCCUCCUCUGCAGCCCUGGACUCCAGGACAUCUUUGAUCGUUGGCCUAGUAUGUCUGACCAGCCCUCCCAACACCCUCUGCUGCUACCUGCUCACACACUCACACACACUGCUGUUGACAACCAAGACUCAGAGGACAGUUUGACUGGUCUGACUGAACUAACAGCACUGGGACGUGCUGAGGAGGACAGAGAGACAGAGGACAGUUUGACUGGUCUGACUGAUCUAACAGCACUGGUACGUGCUGAGGAGGACAGAGAGACCAGUGUGAGAUGGGGGGAGACGAGGCAACCCCUGAGGGAGAAAGAGGGGGAGAGACGAGGGGAGACAGGAGAGAACAACGUGAGAUGGGGGGAGACAGGGGGUCAACUGGGAGAGAGAGAAGAGGGGAGAUCAGGUGGGGCUCAUGGGGACCUCAUCCCCCCAACUCAAGAAACUGUUAAACUGACCAUCUCCUCUGUCCGAUCACCUCACAUUAUGAGGACUAUCAACCAAUCACCUUACACCACUAGGACUAUCAAUCAUUCACCUCUCACCACCAGACCUCUCAACCAACCAACUCAUAUUUCCCAUCCUCUCAACCAAUCAACCCCCACCCCUCGACCUAUCCACCAAUCAGCUCACUCCUCCCGCCUCCCUGAUCAACCAGCAGUCUCUGUUGGUCCCCAGUUCCUGAAACCAGAUCCCAAAACGGACACACACUCUCACUCAGCCCCCAAAACAGACCCUAAACCUCCCUGUCACCCCAAAACAGACCCUAAACCUCCCUGUCACCCCAAAACAGACCCUAACCCUCACCCCAAAACAGACCCUAAACCUCCCCCCAAAACAGAUACCAAACCUCCCCCCAAAACAGACACCAAACCUCCCCCUCAACCCAAAACGUUGCUAGACUCUCCUUCUGUCCUCUCCUCCCCCUCAUCUCUGACUGACGAGGGCUUCACCCUCCAGCUCUCCCAGGAUGCAUCUCUCUCUCCCAGCAGCCCUAGCGGUGGGCUGGCCAUCAUAGACGUGGCGAGCGACAGAACACUGUUCUACACCUUUAUAGAGGAGUGGAGGAGGAAGGAGAGGUAUUCCCUCGUUCCUGUCUGUCAAACGAAAGAACACGGAGGAGACGGAGGGAUUGGAGGGAGGCAGAUCAGAGGUCUUCCCCGGUGUUCCUCAGGAAGUGUGGUGUUAACAGGACUGGCUGUCUGCUGGGGAGGAACAGACUGUUACUACAUAUCACUACUACAGCAGCAGAGUACCGAGAUAUGCUCCAGUCUGGCCCCGCCCCCACUGGCUGCUGAUUUGCCAGUUGGAGAGAGGGUGGAGCAGAUGAGAGCCUGUCUGAGUAAGUCAUUGGCUGACGGGGCAGGGGGUGUGGUCAUGACUUAUGACAUCAUCCAGGUAUACAAGACACUGGUGCUGAGCUAUGGUAUCUCCUUGGAAGGACCCUGUGAAGACAUGAAGGUGGCGUCUUGGCUGUUGGACCCAGGUAGUGAGGAGAGAACUCUAACCAACAUGGUCACCUGCUACUGUCCCUCAGAACUACUGCUGCUGGAUGGACACACACACUCCCCUCGCCUACGAGCAGCCAUAGACAGCGUGCUAAUACACAGCACCAUGGGUCACCUCACUACCCUGCUGGAGAAAGAUGGACUGAUAGAUGUGUUCCGCAGUGUGGAGAUGCGUUCCCAGGUGUGCCUGGCGCUGCUAGAGCUGAAUGGGAUUGGCUUCAGCUGGGAGGAAUGUGACAGGCAGAAACACGUGAUGCAGGCCAAGCUGUCAGCUCUGGAGACACAGGCCUACAGCCUUGCUGGACACAACUUCUCUCUGACUAGCACCGAGGAUGUGGCACAGGUGUUGUUCCGUGAGCUGCGCCUGCCUCCCAGCUGUGAUUUGAGCGGGGGGAGGGGUAAGAAGACCCUGGGGUACAGCAGGAGAGGAACAGGACGCGCCGGGUUGGGGAAACCGUUCAGUACCACCAAGGACAUCCUGGAGAAGCUCAGUUCCCUCCACCCGUUGCCGGGGGUGAUUCUGGAGUGGAGGAGGAUCACCAACGCCUUGACAACGGUGGUGUUUCCCCUGCAGAGAGAGAAACGACAUCACCCCCUGCUGGUUAUGGAUAGAAUACAUCCUGUCUCCCAGACACACACUGCUACAGGCAGAGUGAGCUUCACAGAGCCAAACAUCCAGAACGUUCCGAAGGACUUUGAGAUCCAGAUGGCCUCUGUGGUGGAGGAGAGCCCGCCCUCACAAGAUGGCCGCCGGACUGGUCGGGGCCGUUCCAGGCUAAUCAGACCUCCAGCUCCUCCUCCUGAAGGGGCCGUGGCCUUCUCCGUCAGCAUGAGACACGCCUUUGUACCUUUCACAGGAGGGAUGGUAUUAGCAGCAGAUUAUUCCCAGUUGGAGCUCAGAGUGUUGGCUCACCUCUCUAAGGACAAACGUCUGCUACAGGUGUUGAAUGGAGGAGCUGAUGUGUUCCGCUGUAUCGCUGCUGAGUGGAAGAACAUUGACCUGGAGACUGUAGACGACACCCUGAGACAACAGGCUAAACAGAUAUGUUAUGGUAUAAUCUAUGGGAUGGGAGCCAAGUCUCUGGGGGAGCAGAUGGGGAUCGAGGAGGACGAUGCAGGUGCUUAUAUCGAGAGCUUCAAGGACCGAUACACAGGUGUCCAUAGGUUCCUGAAGGAGACAGUGCGUAGCUGUGUGAAGAAGGGUUUUGUCCAGACUCUACUGGGGAGGAGGAGAUACCUACCUAACAUCAACAGCAACGGCUACACCAGGAAACAGGCGGAGCGUCAGGCUGUUAACACGACAGUCCAGGGGUCUGCCGCUGACAUCGUUAAACUGGCUACCGUCAACAUCCAGCAAUGUCUUAGAGACACCUACCCUGCUGCCCCUCUCUCACACCAACACGCAGAGAGCCGUGGUCAUGGCAGGGCUGUUAAACGUCAUUGUGGGGCGUUUUUCAUCCUGCAGCUUCAUGAUGAACUCAUCUAUGAGACCGCAGAGGAGGACCUCAUACAGGUGGCUCAAAUAGUGAAAAGAGAGAUGGAGAGUGCUGUGAAGCUCUAUGUUAAGCUGAAAGCCAAGGUCAAGGUGGGACCCAGCUGGGGGAACCUGCAGGACCUGGACAUCUGAACAACGUCCCAAUGAUCUCCCCUUCCUCCCAAAGGACCUGAACAACAUCCCAAUGAUCUCCCCUUCCUCCCAAAGGACCUGAACAAUGUCCCAAUGAUCUCCCCUUCCUCCCAAAAGGACCUGAACAAUGUCCCAAUGAUCUCCCCUUCCUCCCAAAACGACCUGAACAACGUCCCAAUGAUCUCCCCUUCAAGAGGAAGGAGGUGUUAUUGGGACCUGUUGGUGACAGAGCAGAGGCACAGUAUUUAUGAAUAUCUCAAGGAGUUCCACAGUGUGUGACUUCGUGGGUUUAAUGUUUGUGUCUUGAACAUAUUUUUUAACCAGCGUACUGAAUUUAAUGGGUCCACAUCAACCUGCUGAGAGGUAAUACUAAUACUAAUAAUAUAUCAGUAAUACUGAUAUAACAUGGUUUGGUUACUGUCCACUAUAAAUACUGUAGAGAUAAACCAAUAUUCCUGUUAUGAAGAAUAAAUGACUAAUCUUCUGUGAAA